AUUUCCUCCUCGAGGCCAGCUUGGCGAAACACUUUAAAAAACGAGGACGGGAAAGUUCCAAGUGACUGGAAGCAAGGGUGCUUUUUGUCAUAUAAAUUACCGCUCCUUACAGUUUAAAAAGCCAGGGUGCUCUUGUCAUAUAAAUCGCAGCUCCUUACAGCUUAAUUACUUUCUAAGCGCCUGCAAAGCACAUCAGAUGAAAAAGUGAGGAUUAUAUUUGUAGAUCUACGCAUAUUUUUGUCAAUUCACUCUUUUUGUGACUGGAGAUAUGAUGCCAAUCGUGGGCGGAAGAUAUGUUUCACAGAGAGCAUCAUCAACUUAUUUAUCAUCAAGAAAUCGAACUAUAAUUGCAUUAAUAUCUAUAUCCGUAGUCAGCAUUUUUCUCUUAUCAUCCUCUAACCAAAAUAAAAUUAAUUUCGUUGAUUCAAAUUUCCAACUCAUCAAAAAUCGUCCGGAGCAUUCUUUUGUUAAAUCUCUGGAGAAAUUUCUGGGCCAACGGGGUGUCUCAGGAGGAUCUGCGGAGAAAUUGGUGCCUGUUGACGGAAACCUGACAUUGGCAGCCGCUAAAAGACUCGACGAUGCAAUGUCGAGAAGAGAAAAUUUAGAGCUGAGGGAAUUCAGAGUCGGCCAUUUUCCUCUUAGGGUUUAUGUUUACGACAUGCCGUCAAAGUUUACCUAUGAUUUGCUCUGGCUCUUUCACAAGACGUACCGAGAGACGGCAAAUUUGACGUCAAAUGGCAGUCCUGUACAUCGUCUCAUUGAGCAGCAUUCUGUUGACUAUUGGCUAUGGGCAGACUUGAUUGCUCCUGAAAAUGAGAGACAACUGAAGACCGUUGUGAGGGUGCAUCGGCAGGAGGAGGCUGACUUGUUUUACAUCCCGUUUUUUACAACUAUAAGCUUCUUUUUGCUGGAGAAAGCUGAAUGCAAACAACUUUAUAGGGAGGCUUUAAGAUGGAUAACAGAUCAACCAGCAUGGCAGCGCUCUAAUGGAAGAGAUCAUAUCCUUCCUGUUCACCACCCUUGGUCCUUCAAGUCUGUUCGUAGGUUUGUGAAGGAUGCCAUUUGGCUUCUGCCUGACAUGGACUCUACAGGCAACUGGUAUAAACCUGGUGAAGUGUGGCUUGAGAAAGACUUGAUUCUUCCUUAUGUUGCAAAUGUGGACGCUUGUGAUGGUGCUUGCUUGGUUCAGAGUUGGGCACAGCGAAAGACUUUGCUAUUUUUCCGUGGACGUCUGAAAAGGAAUGCUGGUGGAAAGAUUCGCAGCAAAUUAGUGGCCCUUCUUCAACAUAACUCAGAUGUCAUAAUUGAAGAGGGUUCAAGUGGAGAAGUAGGCAAGUUGGCAACACAAACUGGCAUGCGCAGUUCUAUGUUUUGCUUAAGUCCAGCAGGAGACACACCCUCUUCUGCACGGUUGUUUGAUGCAAUUGUCAGUGGAUGCAUUCCAGUCAUAGUGAGUGAUGAACUUGAGUUGCCUUUUGAAGGUAUACUUGAUUACAGAAAGGUGGCUCUAUUUGUUUCCUCACAUGAUGCUUUAGAACCAGGAUGGCUUAUAGAUUACUUGCAUGGCAUCAAGCCAAAUCAAGUUAAGGAGAUGCGCUCCGAUCUGGCAAAGUUUUCAAAGCAUUUCCAAUUUUCAAGUCCAGCUCAACCACUUGGUCCAGAGGACUUAACUUGGAAGAUGAUUGCUGGUAAGCUGACAGCAAUUAAGAUGCAUAUCCGUCGUUCACAACGGGUGGUCAAUGGCUCACGGAACUCGUGUAUUUGUGAAUGCAAGCUUGCUAAUUCAACGAAGCACCAGUGAUAAUGACACUAGGCAUGCUUAGCCCAAUAAUGACUGUUCAUCUGCAAAGUAAGAUAUAACUGGUGAUAUUAGCUUGAGCUAUGCUGGUCAUACCGUCACUAAGAAAUGGAUUUUGGGGCAAUGCUUACAACCAGUGGCUGUAACAGGUUUCUUAUUUUUUAACAGAGGUAAUAGCUUGGUUACCCAAGUUUCAAAUUCUUUGUUGUAAUAUUCAACUUUUACUAAUGUUCACUUAUACAUAGUGUCCUCACCCUUGCUUUUGCUUCACAAGUUGAAGCUUAUAAAGCUCAUCAACAUUUGUGGUAGAUUUUGAAGAAAAAUUGAACAUCAAGUAAGAAAAAUGACACUAGCCAUUGCUGCCUCUAUCUGCUCCUGAAGCAAGGAGUUUUUUUAUUAUUAUACAGAUAUUCACUCCUUUGCAUGCAAAUGACUUGUGAGGCCUAUUUAUUGAAUGAGAACUGCUUCAAAUUGGAAAUUUAAUCAAGCCAA